GCCAUUUUACCAAGAUUGAUUUUGGUUCAUCCUCUUAAAGUAAAACCCUUGACUAUAUAGUCAAAGAGCAAAACGGGACGAAAAAGAACGAUUUUGGUUGAUUCACACCUCAAUUUGCUCAAGAAAUAUAGUUGUUGAAGAUGCCAAAGUCAAAAGAAUAUCUCUCUGACAGUGAUGAUAGCAGUGAAGAGGAAGUAAAAUCAAAGAAAAAGCAAAAAAGGGAAAGAGAAGAUGAUAACAAAAUGACAAAAGAUGAGAAAAAACCGGCAAAGAAGGCAAAAACUGAAGACGAAACUGUUUGGGAUUUGGGCAACAAUCGUCAAGUAAACGUGAGAAACUUUAAAGGCAAAUAUUAUGUCGACAUCCGAGAGAUGUAUUAUGACAAGGACGGUGAUUUAAAACCUGGGAAGAAAGGAAUAUUCUUGACUAUGCAACAGUGGCAAAAGUUCAUGGAUGUUGUGGAAGAGGUGGAUAAAGUGGCCAAAUCAAAAAGUUAGAAUUUUAUUCUAAUGAAUUUCAAUUAAAAAAUGUUUUUUUCAAUGUUAAGAUUUUGAAAGUGUGUCACUCUGUAUUU